AUGCAAGAACCUGGAGCCAGAGUCGCCGGCAUCUACGAGCUGCUCGAAAUGAUCAUCGUAGAUCUGCCUCUCAAAGACUUGGUCCGGCUGCGAGCUGUCGGGCAGAAUUUCAUGAAGGUCGUCGAUACAUCUGAGCAGAUCGCUCUCCGAUUCUGUCUACCAUUCUCGCGGCAACUUAGGACUGUAGAUUACGCACGUCAUCCCCUCCUGCCGAAAGAAGUCGAUAUCUGGGCUGGCAGGAGACCACUUGGCGGCUAUGUGGUCUGUCGUUUUGUUUUGCGAGCCGCAGGCAAAUUCGACUGGACCGCUGCAGCAUCUUGGAAGAAUUUCUAUGCAUGUCGACCAGAGACUCGAAGUAUGAGAGCUUGGUCAGGCUGUUCAAAGGUCUUUGGCAGCAGUAGCAUGGGCGAGUACCGGUAUUAUCGCAGCCAGCGAGGUAUUACCCUCCGUCAGCUGGCCGAUGCCGCUUGUGCAAUGAGGCUGGACGCUGGCGUCGACGAGGCGAUAGUGCACUUUGAGACUGACCUUGAUUUCGAAGGAGCCGACGUGCCAAGCGAAGCAUCUUCAACAUAUGCCGAAUACUGGCUUUGA